AUGUCGAAAUUCAACCCUUACGAUCACCUCAAUGUGUCUCUAAACGAAGACGGGACGCUAACUCGGUACGUGAAGCUCCCGGCGGCGCCUCCCAACAGCGACCCGAGCGAGGCCGUGCUGAGCAAGGAUGUGACGCUGAGCGCGGAGAAUAAGACGUGGAUGCGGCUGUACAGGCCCUCGAAGAUCUCCCCCGGCGCCCGCCUCCCCGUGAUACUAUACUUCCACCCGGGCGGGUGGAUCCAGAUGAGCGUCGCCGAGAGCAUCAUCCAUGAGUUCAGCUACCGCAUGGCCGCCGAGAUCCCUUCCAUAAUCGUUGCGGUCGACUUCCGCCUUGCCCCCGAGCACAGGCUCCCCGCGCAGUACGAGGACGCCAUGGACGCCGUUACUUGGGUCCAGAAACAGGCCGGCGACGGCGACGGCGAACCUUGGAUCAAAGACUAUGGAGAUCUCAAUAGGUGUUACCUCUACGGCGUGAGCUGCGGCGCAAACAUCGUGUAUAACACAGCGCUGCGGCUGCGGGAGAUGAAGCCGCAGCCGCUGAAGAUCGCAGGGACGAUUCUGAACCAGCCGUUCAUCGGCGGGAAGAAUCGGACGAAGAGCGAGCUGAAUCUGGCGACGGAUCCGUAUUUCCCGCUGCCAGUGAUCGACCUGCUGUGGGAGCUGGCGCUGCCGGUGGGGACGGACCGGGACCACCGCUUCUGCAACCCGCUGGUGGACGCGGCGAUGAAGGAGAAGGUGAGGAGCCUGGGGCGGUGCUUGGUCAUCGGAUUCGGCGGCGAUCCGCUGGUGGACCGGCAGCAGGAGCUGGUGCGGAUGCUGGUGGAGCGCGGGGUGCAGGUCGAGGCGCGUUUCGACGACAUCGGGUUCCAUAACAUUGAUCUCAUCGACAAGCGGAGGGCUUUGGCCAUUCUUAAUUUUAUUAAGGAAUUUGUAUGA